UAUGAAAUUCAACAACCGAAUCCUGCGUAAGAUCCUGAUCAAAGACAGCCGUGCAGAGUCCAGUAUUGUGGCGCUGUACAAGAAGCUGGAGCUGCAGAACGCCAUGGAGAUCCUGGACACGGUGUCGGGCGACAUCAGCGCUGCUCCGUCCAUCGUCUCGCUCUAUGAGGAAAAGAAAAGCUCUGCUAAACCAAAGAAGAAGUUCCUGGCUUCAGAUCUGAAGAACAUGCAUGACAUCCUGUCCAAGAACAUGUACAAGAUCAGGCAACGGACGGUGGCGUACACGGGUAAGCACGCCCUGCCCAAUGACAGCCACAGCAGAGAGAUUCUGAUCAGACGCCACGCCAGCAUCCGUCGCAGCCUCCGACCCCAAAGCUUUCAGACAUCGGCGGUGCCCAAGUCUCAUAAGUAUUUCUCUCUUCCUGCUGGGAAGAGUCUGGACUCAAAGUUAUUUCCUCCAGAGAGACUGAGCUUCACAGAUGAUCAGGAGACCAUGUCAGAAGUGGCCUACCCUUCCCGGCGCUCUCGGUUUGGCCAGCCUGCACGCUCCUCCUCCAGAGCCAUGAUGCCUCUACGAAGGCUGGACACCCUAAAAGAAGUUCCCUCUCUUGACGUUCUGAACGAGGGCAGAAGGGAGAGCGGCGGGAAGGGGCGUGGCAUGUCCAGAACAAACUCCUCCUACAGUGAGUCCCAUGUGCCCGCUCCUCGCCGUCACUUCAACGCUUCUGCUGACAAUAACAACGGCUCAGCUGAUGACUUUAGAAAUGUGCAUCAGGAAGAAGAAGAGGAAGAACAGGAGCAGCCUUCCUCUCCGCCUCCGGGCUGGGUGGCUGAACGUAGUGACAACUCAACGACACAAAACCCUCUGCUCAGGCGGCCUCAGUGGAACCCGAGGAAGUAAAAAUGCUCCUGGGCUUUUAGCGGCAGCUGGACUGCAACCGACUGAGUGUCAGGCUCCCAAGCAGCUCCAGGGAAUCUAUAUAUAAAUGUGUGUUCAUGGUGUCUAAAGGCCCAAUAAGUUAGUGGUGGAGAUUCAUUCAUGUCUUGGAGAACCACCCUUCAAAAAGAGCCAAAAUGGACAACAGUCAGUGGCACAGUGCACUAUAGUGAAGAGCUGAGUCAUAUUUCAACAAGUGACUUUUAAACACUUAUCUUCCUGUAAGAUGUUUUUUAUGUUUAAAGGUGACUGUAACUUAAACUGUUUUAUUGUGACUAAUUAUUUCUCUGCUCUUUGUAAAUAUUGGUCUUUUUGUAUUUUUACUGUCAACAGCUGUAUGAUUGAAGAUACACAUUUUCUUGUAAUAAACUUUUCAUUCUGGUUAAA